AGAUUGAGAGACUCUAUAUACCGGCACGUAACUGAAUGAAAGCAAUUGGAACGUGGAACUGAAAGACGACAAAUGCCACCGUCCUUCUAUGUGGGCCGUCACUCCAGCGAACGUCUCUGGACGCCGCCUUUGCUCAAGCCCCCUUGCGCAACCCGAACGGAAUAGCCCAUCCAAUUCAGGCAGCAAGAUCAAUCUAUCACGCGAGCGUAGCAGGGAGAUGUGGCACGAAAAGAGUCCACUCUCCACUCAGUCGCCACAGCCUCCCCAUUACUCCAAAGCGCGCUGUAGACGCACCACGAUGAAGCGACGAGGGACCGUGGCGACCAGCUCGGUGUUGCACGCAACUGGGACCUCGAAGAGGUUGCGAUUUGAAGGGGGCUCCCGAAAGCGCAGCUUAGCGGGCCACAACGCUGGCCGAGUUGCGCAGGUCCUGCGGGGAGAGACAACUCGGCGAGGGAAGGGAUGUCCAGCGGGCGACGGUCCCCGGCCAUCCAGCAAGUCAUCCAGGCAUCCAGUCCAGAUUUGUUCGUCCAGGCGGGCAGCAGCGCGGCGGUGUCAGCAAAGCCCUAUCCAUUUGGGCCGGUAGGGCGUGACAGCUACGCGGCGCUCAAUGCCGAAACAAACAUCCCUGCGGGGCAGUGGUCCUUGGAUACUGCGGGCAGGAAAUCGAAGCAGUUGACAGGCAAGGAGGGAUGGUGCAGAGGAAAGGGGUGAAAGGAAGAAGGAGCGGAGGGCAGUGCAAAGGGGGCGAAGAAGGAGCGGAUUGCAGGGAACAAGGGGGGUGAUGGGGGGUUGUGCUUGUUGGUGAGAAAG